AUGAAACCGGGGAAGUCUGGAGUUAAAAAAAGGCUAAUGGAACAAAUUUUGGACACAUGGACGAGACAAGAUAAUAUGGUGAAAUGCUAUAAUAAAAGGGAUUAUCAGCUUGUGGCUCAACGCUUCAACCUUGGAAAAAAGAAGCUGCUCUCUCAACUGGAAAGGAAUAUACUCUGCACUAUAUCGCAGACCAAAUGUUCUAAAAGAAGAGGAAAGAAGGGACGUGCCACAGUUGGCAAACUGGAAGUUAUCUUCCAACAUCUCCAUUAUAAAGGAAAACAAUUGACAUAA